UUUUGUGAUUGAUGCUCCGGUCCAAAUUAAAGCACAUACAACAAGUAUACCGUAUACAUCCAUCUAUAUAUCUCAGUCGAUCUGCAUUAUAAUUUGUUCGGAUCAUCAGAUAUUAAUUAUUUAAUUUCUUAGUUGAAGAAUAUAAUAUAAGUUUGUAAACACAUCUGAUAAUAUAAUAAUCUUCACACAUACUUUUGAGUAAUAUAAUGGCGUCCAGGAGAAUUUUGAAGGAGCUUAGAGACCUGCAGCGAGACCCUCCAACAUCGUGCAGUGCAGGCCCUGUUGCACAAGACAUAUUUAAUUGGCAAGCAACCAUAAUUGGUCCAAAUGACAGUCCUUUUGCUGGAGGUGUUUUCCAAGUCAGCAUCAAUUUCCCCCAAGAUUAUCCUUUUAAACCUCCUAAGGUUUCCUUCAGGACCAAAGUUCUUCAUCCAAAUAUAAACAAUAAUGGGAAUAUCUGCUUGGAUAUCCUCAAGGAUCAAUGGAGUCCAGCACUCACCAUAUCCAAGGUUUUGCUAUCCAUAUGUUCAAUGCUGACAGACCCUAAUCCAGAUGAUCCCCUGGUUCCAGAAAUAGCUCACAUGUACAAGACUGACAGGUCCAAGUAUGAAGCCAUGGCUCGAAGUUGGACCAACAAAUAUGCCAUGUAUUGAUCUGAUGAUCGAUUAGGCCUUGCUUGGUUUGUGUUAUCGUUGUUUUGUUCAUCAAUUUAAAUAAACUUCUUGGUUGUUUAUGCCCAAUGUUCAAUAAUGGCUAUGUAUAGUAUGAAUCAAAGUUCGAAUUUCUUGUGAAAAGUUACAUUAUAUUAUGAAUAUAUUAAUGUUUUCUAGGACUGAACAGAUAAAUUGUUUUCCCAUGUUUGGUUGGUUUAUUGAGCAAAUAAUGGCCAAUCUAUAAUAAUGUUACUUACCUUAACUAUUGAUAAUGAUAUACUG